GACUAAGACCCCAAACACACUAAAGAAGCACUGGGAGUGACAAAAGUUGGUCAGCUACAACCAGGACAUCAUUUGGGACUUAAGACACCGGCGUAUAUACCAGCAUGAUCCGUAGGCUGUGCAGACGAGUGGCUCCGAUGGCAUUGGGACAAUCAAACGGACUGAAAAUGUGGAGGGGGACAGGAGUUGUCGGGUCUUUCCACCAACCAAGCACGAGAAACGGCACGCUGGAGACAAAGAAACACCUGAGCUCCCAGCCACCCGAGUCUCAGUUCAGAGACCCACCUAGGGUACUGAUUACAGGAAGCCUGGGUCAACUUGGAACCGGACUAGCAAAAUUACUCAGAGAAAGGUAUGGUCGUGAAAACGUGAUUAUGUCAGAUAUCGUCAAGGCACCACGGGAAAUCGCUGAAAGUGGACCUUAUUUGUACGCCGAUGUUCUCGAUUUCAAGAAUCUGCAGGAGAUUGUCGUCAAUCAUCGAAUUGAUUGGAUAGUCCACUACAGUGCCCUCUUGAGUGCUGUUGGCGAGAGUAACGUCCCCUUGGCCAUGAGGGUUAAUAUUGAAGGUCUGCAUAAUGUCCUGGAAUUAGCCAAGCAGUAUCGACUCAAAAUAUUUGUUCCUAGUACCAUAGGUGCAUUCGGCCCUGACUCACCUCGAAACCCCGCCCCGGAUAUCUGUGUGCAGCGCCCUCGAACAAUCUAUGGGGUGUCCAAGGUUCAUGCUGAGCUCAUGGGAGAGUACUAUUAUCACAAAUUCGACUUGGACUUCAGGUGUCUACGAUACCCAGGCGUAAUUUCGGCGGACACAAAUCCUGGGGGUGGAACAACAGACUACGCCGUUCACAUAUUCCACGACGCCGUCAGAGGCGGCGUAUUUAACUGUUUCCUGAGACCGGACACCCGCCUUCCCAUGAUGUUCAUUGAUGACUGUCUGGAAUCGACCGUCAAGUUCCUGGAACAGCCGAACGAGUCUCUGACUCAGAGGACUUAUAACGUGAGUGCCAUGAGCUUUACACCUGAGGAACUCGUGAAUGAGGUGCGGAAGUUCGUUCCCAAUCUACAAGUGAACUACAACGUGGACUCCAGACAAGAAAUAGCGGAUUCGUGGCCGGAAGUGUUGGAUGACAGCGGUGCACGCCGGGAUUGGAACUGGUGUCACAAGUACGACAUCGAGGAUUUAUGCCGUGUCAUGUUUGAGGCCUUGAACUUCGAAUCUGCACAGCCCGGCCAAAUUCAGGCGAAAGGAAUGUAAUUUUAAAUCCGUCACGCAUAUAUUAUUGGUAUGUAUAGAGACAACGACAUGAGUGGUUAAUAUUCCCUUCUAGUGUGAAACUAGAAACAUGAAAUUUCCACUCUGGAGUCACCAAGAGAUUUCAGUCGGCUGUGUAUUCUCCAGUUACAUAUUUGAGAAUGGGGAGAAUAGGGAUACAGUGGUUACGGUAAUAUCAUCUAUACGCUACGGGAUCGCGUAAAUUAGAGAUACAUGGGUUACGUCAGUGCUAUCUAUACGCUACGGGAUUGCGGAAUAUAGAGAUACCGUGGUUACGGCAAUGUUAUCUAUAGGCUACGGGAUCUUGUUUGAUGUAAAAAUAUAUAGUUUUAUGAAGCGGAAUCACGUUAUUUAUUUAAUAAUAAGAAGGCUUAGGAAAAGCCAUAAGAAAAGUUGAAUUGUGAAUCAAAAUACUCAAGAUACACGGAAGAAGGGGGGUUUUUUAACAGUUUUGCCUCUUGGCGUUAUCAUUGUUCUUGCUUAAUAUACAUUCAACAUUUUUCUUGUUUUAUCAUUUAACAUGGAGAAUCUCACUUUAAAGAAUGAUGUCAUUUUUAUUCCAUUUUAAUCCUGAAUAAGAGAAAAGAACGUUUCUUUUCUCUAACUACAUGCAGUACAUCCACAUACAUGGUGGUCAUCUGUUCUGCAUGUAGUAAAUAUCGUUGUGCCAUCUUAAUGUUUUCAGUAUGAAAAACUGUUGGAUUUCCUUGUCUUUGGAAGUUAUUCAUAAAUUUAUUCAUAGUAUAUGCUUUUCGUUAAAUGAACUCAUUGAAUACGUGAAUCUCAGUGAAUUGAUCUGAAUUCAUUCCAUUUUACACAGAUGUUUUCCUUAUUAUCUAGGGCCAGAAUCGUGAAUUUUAAACAGGGUAUGCUAAAUACUUUCAUGAAACGUACAUUCCCUAACUUUUUUUUUCUCUAUAUUUUUGAGCUAUUUUUACCUGUGUUGAAUUUUUGGAUUGCAGCGCUUCACUUUUCUUUGUUGAUAUUUUAUAGGCCUUUAUCUAUUGUUUGGUGUAUAAGCUUAUUGAUUUUACGGUUUCUUUGAAAUGUGUUUCAGUUUUUGUAACUUCAUUGACAGAACUCUUUCUUUUUUUUUUAAAUGUUCUUUCUGUUAAAUGUAACUACAUGUAUCAACAGGUCAGAUGCUGCAACCAUCUUUAUAUACAGCCUUGAAAGAAGGGAAAAAGUUUAUUCUUAGUAUACAUUUUGUUAAUUGUUGUAUAUACUUUUUGGUUUGUGAUAGCAUCAACAUUCCUUCUCAACAGCAAUACUAUUGUUGGAGACAAAUGUAGUGUUUCUUGCGGUGAUCUGUGUUUAAGGAAGUGAAAUGCCAUCUGAUGUGACUUGUAAAUGAAUGCUUGAGAAAUCUUUGAAGAUGACUUAAGAAAUGGCACUGUUGUGUAAAUAUGCAUGGAAAAUAAACCAGUAGCAAAAGUGUCA